AUGUGUUGUCCAUUAACCAUAGCCAAGAAGAAUUUUUAUCAAGUUCUUGGUGUUGAUAAAUCAGCUUCUGACAAAGAAAUCAAAUCGGCGUAUCGUCAAUUAACUUUGAAAUAUCAUCCCGACAAAAACCCAGGUGAUGAGGAAGCCCACGAAAAAUUUAUUGAAAUUGCUGAAGCUUACGAAGUGUUGAGCGAUGCCACCAAACGGAAAAAUUAUGAUACAUUUGGUGAUCCUAAUGGACAAGCACAACAACAUAAUUUCGAUUUUGGUGAUAUCUUCGGUCAGUUCUUUGGCGGUGGCCAUCAUGGUGGUGGUGGCGGUGCACGUGGUCAACCACAAGUAAAACGUGGUGGCGAUCUGAGUGUCGAUGUUCAUUUAUCAUUGAAGGACUUUUAUCGCGGCAAACUCGUGUCAUUUGAUGUUGUUAUGCAAAACGAUUGUCCUAAAUGUGAUGGAACUGGAUCUAAGGAUAAACAACGCCACACAUGUGAGAAAUGUCAUGGAACGGGCCAAAUCAUUGUGCAGCAUCAACUAGCACCCGGAUUUGCCCAACAAGUGAGGAUGGCAUGUGAUGUAUGUAGAGGUACUGGUAAAACAGUGCAAAAUGCAUGUAAAUCUUGCGACGGACAUGGUACAACACAAGGACCUCGACAUUAUGAUGUUCACUUGGAACGCGGUCAAGCAAGAGAUAGUUCAAUUAGACUUGAAGGUGAAGGAGACCAAAGUCCGCAAUGGGUACCGGGAGAUUUAGUUGUUCGUUUUAGAGAAAAGUUCCAAGAGAGUUGGGGGUACAGAAGAAUCCAGGAUAAUCUAUAUCGUACUGAAGUAUUGUCAUUGAAGGAAGCAUUACAAGGAGGAUGGGAAAGACGAGUACCAUUUUUGGGCGAUAUCGAUGAUGAUGAGGUGGAUGAUGAGUAUAAGACUGUUGUAUUGAAACGUGCUAAAGGUGAGAGUAUAUUGGAUGGACAAAUUGAAGUAGUCAAGGGUUAUGGUAUGCCAAUUGUAACUGAUCAUGAUGAAGAUGAUAAAUUUGGUGAUUUGUUCAUUGAGUAUAAGGUGGUUAUACCGGGUGGUAGUGCAUCCAAGGGGGGAAUCAAGAAGGAUGAGUUGUAA